UAAUAAAAGUCAUUAGUUACUUAUUAUGUGUUAACAAUACAUCAUUUGGUUAAAAAAAAAGGUCUUGUUACCAUGCAGAUUAAUAACUAUUACUAUCCUCUUCUUUCAUGUACAAUUAUCAUACAACAAAUUACAAUACUCAUAAUAAUGAUGUGAGGGAAUAAAAUUUUCAGACAAUCGACCAUCGGAAAAUCGGCUACUAAUCGUUUUUAAAAUUUCAAAAGGUUCCCGUGAUAACUAUAUUCUAUAGAAUAGUUGACUUCAAAAUUUGUAAUGUCAACUUAUGGUCAAUUAUCAAUCAACAAUAAAAUUAUCAAGUUUCUUGACAUCGAAAAAAGUGGAAAAUUUGGGGCUGGCCCGCAUAAUUAACCAUUUCCCAAAUUUAAAAUUACAGCUCUAAAUAAUCUAAGAAUAAAUAAUACGAGUUUAUAAUAAUUACGAAUUUCCUGAUUUUUAUAAAUAACAUUUAUUACGUAAAAGUUUGUAAUUAAAAUCAUAAUGAUUUUAUUACUUUAUGUACAUUACUCUUUUUAUAUAAAUACAUGUAUCACAGCUUGAAAUUAAUUACGUCUAAUUCAACCUCCGUGACUUAACUAAUUUGGCUUACAAAAUGUUCAAAAAUUUAUUACUAUUGUUAUUAAUUGGAUUUGUCGGAGGACAUAUCUUCAGGAGUAGAAUAAGACAAAAUUGCAAACCAGUUGGUUCAAUGUGCAAUAAUGAUGAUUCGGAAUGUUGUUCCAACGUAUGUUAUGCUAUUGGAAAUAUUGGUAUGAGUAGUUGUAUUUCAGUUCCUGAAGGUUAUUAUACUACAACACCAAAAAACCUUCAUGAAAAACAGUGUAUUAAAGAACAUUUUAAAUGUACUCGUCACAAAGAUUGUUGUUCCAAAAGAUGUAUUAAAGGGGAUCGUUAUUACUUGCCUAGCGUUUGUAAAAAAUGAUAAAAAAUAAAUAUUACUAAAAUACGCCGCGGAGGUGUAAAAUAAAUAUAGAUAUUACCCCUACACUGUUAAAAACUUUUCGUUAAUUUUAAUAAAUGUUUUGUACUAGUGCUCUGCUAUAAAUUACGUUAAAAUAAAUUUUUCA